AUGUCGGGAGAGAAAAAAGACACUUCUGCUAACCCCUCGGGCGACCUCAUCCAGCCGGAUGUGGGCCAUUUGGAACUUGUUUCAACGCAAUUCGGGCAGAGAAUUUGGGACAGUUUCAAGAGAGACCCCAAUUCCUGUAUCAAGCAAAGCUAUGAGGGACACAAUGGCGCUGACAUUGAAAGCGCCACCUAUAAUACUUCAGUGUCGCCCUUGCAGCGGCGCUUGAAAACUCGCCAUGUACAAAUGAUUGCCAUUGGCGGUUCAAUUGGCACCGGUCUCUUUGUCGGCUCAGGGAGUAUUCUGGCUGCCGGAGGCCCUGCUUCGGUCCUGAUUGCUUAUUGCUUAAUCGGGUGUAUGCUGUUUUUCACGAUGCAGGCUCUAGGGGAAAUGGCAGUUGCCUUUCCCGUGGCAGGUUCUUUUGCCCAUUAUGCGACACGCUUUAUUGAUCCCGCCUGGGGGUUUGCCAUGGGUUGGAUCUACGCCUUUUCAUGGAUGGUCACUCUUCCACUGGAGAUUGUUGCUGCGUCAAUCACUAUUGACUAUUGGAGUCCUGGCGUUUCUAAUGCAGCCUGGGUCGCUAUCUUUUGGGUGCUUAUUGUUGGCAUAAACUUCUUUGGGGUCCGAGGGUACGGCGAAUCAGAGUUCGUCUUAUCAAUCAUCAAGAUCAUUGCAGUGAUUGGUUUUAUUAUUCUUGGAAUAAUCCUCAACUGCGGCGGAGGCCCCCAAGGUGAAUAUAUCGGGGGCAAGUAUUGGCAAGACCCGGGAGCUUUUAAUAACGGCUUCAAGGGUCUAUGCAAUGUUUUUGUUACAGCUGCCUUUGCAUUUUCAGGAACUGAGCUUGUUGGUCUUGCCGCUGCGGAGACUGAAAAUCCUCGCAAGUCUCUGCCUGCUGCGAUCAAGCAAGUCUUUUGGAGGAUACUCAUCUUCUAUGUUGUGUCACUUCUCAUUGUUGGCCUCCUUGUUCCAUAUACAGACGAAAAGCUCGUGACUGGGUCAUCGUCUGCCGAUGCACAUGCAUCACCAUUCGUAAUCGCCAUUGAAAAUGCAGGUAUCUUGGGUCUUCCUUCUGUUGUUAAUGUGGUCAUUCUGAUUGCUGUUCUCUCGGUCGGUAAUUCAUCCGUAUACGGAGCGUCUCGCACUCUCUCCGCUCUUGCGGAUCAAGGCCAAGCCCCUAGGUUUUUGGGAUACAUUGAUCGAAAAGGCCGCCCAUUAUUCGCUGUUUGCGUGACAUCGGCGUUUGGCCUUUUAUGCUUCCUCGCGGUGACUGACAAGCAAACCGAAGUAUUUGAGUGGCUCAUGGCGAUUGCGGGCCUGGCUGAGAUCUUUAUCUGGGCCUCAAUCUGUUUAUGUCACAUCCGAUUCCGCCAAGCCUGGAAAGUCCAAGGUCGCACUUUGAGCGAACUUGCAUUUUGUUCACAAACGGGCGUGGUCGGUUCUUGGCUCGGUUUUGGAUUCAAUUGCCUUGUAUUGGUGGCACAAUUCUGGACUGCGGCUUGGCCGUCUGGGUACGGGAAUAUGAGUCCCAGCUAUCGGGCUAGUACUUUCUUCUCAUACUAUCUCGCAGCUCCUGUCACUAUCUUCUUGUAUGCUGCCUACAAAGUGUGGUUUCGCACAAGAAUCGUACGAAGUUGUGAGGUAGACCUCACGGUGGGACGUCGUGUUUUCGAUGUCGAUCAAAUGAUCGAACAAGAGAUGGCAGAACAGAGAAACCGUCCUUUUUGGAAAAAAUUGUUCAAGAUUUUUUGCUAG